UGGGUCUGGACCCGGGUCAGGGGCGGGUCUCGGCCGGGUGCCCUGCCCAGCGGGCGGGCUCAGGCCUCUGCCCCAAACCUUCGCCGCGGGGCCAAUCCCGCCUCUGGGGCGCACCCGGGCCGCCUUUCCGGGCCUGCAGCUUCCUCCAGCCCGCCCCGCCCCUCGGACUCCCGGGGCCGCCCCCGGACCCCUUUCGCGCCCGGCCUCGCGGCGGCGGCGGCGGCGGCGGCGGCGGCGACUCGGCAGCGCUCCGCCGCGUCCCCGAGUCCCGGGAGUCAGGCGCGGCGCGGCAGGGGCAGCCUUCCACCACGGAGAGCCCAGCUGUCAGCUGCCUCACGGGAAGAUGCUGUGUGGACCGGGCAGCACGGGUAUGCGUGUGGCCACUGCCCUGGGAGUGCUGUGGUUCUGCCUCGCAGGCGCCGCAGUGGAAGUCCGGAUCCCUGAAGACCCCGUGGUGGCCCUCGUGGGCACUGACGCCACCCUGCGCUGCUCCUUCUUGCCUGAGCCCGGCUUCAGCCUGGCACAGCUCAACCUCAUCUGGCAGCUGACAGACACCAAACAGCUGGUGCACAGCUUCGCCGAGGGCCGCGACCAGGGCAGCGCCUAUGCCAAUCGCACUGCGCUCUUCCCAGACCUGCUGGCUCAGGGCAACGCGUCCCUGAGGCUGCAGCGCGUGCGCGUGGCUGAUGAGGGCAGCUUCACCUGCUUUCUGAACAUCCGGGACUUUGGCAGCGGCAGCGCUGCGGUCAGCCUGCAGGUGGCAGCCCCCUACUCAAAGCCCAGCCUGACCCUGGAUCCCAACAAGGACCUGAGGCCCGGGGACACGGUGACCAUCACGUGCUCCAGCUACCGGGGCUACCCCAAGGCCGAAGUGUUCUGGCAGGAUGGGCAGGGUGUGCCCUUGACCGGCAACGUAACCACGUCGCAGACGGCUAAGGAGCAGGGCUUGUUCGACGUGCGCAGUGUCCUGAGGGUGGUGUUGGGCACUAAUGGCACCUACAGCUGCCUGGUGCGCAACCCCGUGCUGCAGCAGGACGCUCAUGGCUCUGUCACCAUUACACCGCAUAGAAACCCCACAGGUGCUGUGGAAGUCCAGGUUCCCGAAGACCCCGUGGUAGCCCUCGUGGGCACUGACGCCACCCUGCGCUGCUCCUUCUUGCCUGAGCCCGGCUUCAGCCUGGCACAGCUCAACCUCAUCUGGCAGCUGACAGACACCAAACAGCUGGUGCACAGCUUCGCCGAGGGCCGCGACCAGGGCAGCGCCUAUGCCAAUCGCACUGCGCUCUUCCCAGACCUGCUGGCUCAGGGCAACGCGUCCCUGAGGCUGCAGCGCGUGCGCGUGGCUGAUGAGGGCAGCUUCACCUGCUUCGUGAGCAUCCGGGACUUCGGCAGCGCCGCGGUCAGCCUGCAGGUGGCAGCCCCCUACUCAAAGCCCAGCAUGACCCUGGAGCCCAACAAGGACCUGCGGCCCGGGGACACGGUGACCAUCACGUGCUCCAGCUACCGGGGCUACCCCGAGGCCGAAGUGCUCUGGCAGGAUGGGCAGGGUGCGCCCUUGACCGGCAACGUAACCACGUCGCAGAUGGCUAAUGAGCAGGGCUUGUUCGACGUGCGCAGUGUCCUGAGGGUGGUGUUGGGCGCUAAUGGCACCUACAGCUGCCUGGUGCGCAACCCCGUGCUGCAGCAGGACGCUCAUGGCUCUGUCACCAUCACAGGGAACUGAGUACCUGCCUGGAUCUGGAGGUGUGGGCGGGAGUUCUGCAGCAGCCACGAGGCAUGGCUCUGGAGUGCUUUCCUACGGGAACCUCUCCAAGUGCUGGGAAGGUGUUGCUACAUCACCAUCUGAUGCUGGGCACCAUCUGUCUGCGAGGCCCUGAGAGACAGCUGGGCCUCUCCAGGUGGCCAUACCCCUCACCCCAUCAAUGUCAGCUCUCCUGAUGGAGUUGAGCGGGACCCAGGCAGCCUUUGGAACAGCCGGCUCUCUCUGCUGCCCCCAUGUGGUCAAACACUAGAUCAACGCCGCCCCUGUGGCAGUUGCCGCCAUCUCUGGUUUUGGGGUCCUAGCCCAGACACACUUCCCUUCCUUUAGUGCCCACCUGAGUGGCACUCAGGUGAAGCGGGCUCAGGCCCACACUCAGGCCAGGAGAGGCAGUCUUAAUCCUUGUUUGGACCUCAUUCUGGCUCCUCUGUCCCUCCUCAUGGGCCAACUAAGCUUUCCCAGGGGUCUCCCUGCAUUCUCUGGGGUCAGGACAGCACGUUCUGUCCAUCUGGUUCUCCUAUUUUCUCUUCCAUGACUUCCACCCGACCCACAGCCCAUGCAAGUCCUAAUUCCCCUGGUGGCCAGUUUCUGCAUAAGCCUCUGGACUCACAGACUUAUUCCUAUCUUCCUGUUGCCCCCACUUACAUGGACAUUACGUGGCCUUCACUUCUGCAAGCUCAGAGGCAGUGCCCAUCACACUUGCCUUCUAGAAAUUCAGGCUCAUUCCUCCUUCUCUUUUAGGGUUUUCCUUCUGGCAAGGCUGUGUUCCCUCUGCCCACCCCCUCCCCAAGAUUGAUCCCACCCUCUUUCUGGAGACCCUCAGGUCUGUACUUUCCGUGGAGGAGUCACUGCCCUGGGCUGUUGGAUGUCCCGAGGGGUCUCUUUGACCUUUUAGAGAACAGUAUAUGGUCUGAUGUAUCCACAGGAGAGAAUCAGAAAUAUUAGAUAGAGCAGGAUUGACAGAGAAUGUGAAGCUUUCAGAGAAGGCGGGGGGGGGGGGUGGUCAGAACGGGCUGGAGUUUCAGGAGAAGUCUCUAGGGACAGGUGGGAGUUGAGGGGACCUUGAAGGAUUGGUGAACUCUGUGAUAAUUUGCACAUUGAGCUGAAUUGGAUAUUCGCCACACUGUGUAGAAAGGGCUUGUGAAUAUAAAUGUGGUUAUACUCAUGUACCUGAAGAUGCAGGUCUGAGCCCUACUCUGUCCUUGACUGGUGGGAUGAGGGCAAGGCUGACCUGUGCUCCAGGCACCAACAACAGCCUAGAGGUGGACAUAGCAAGAGCCCCUCCUCCUGGGUACUUCUGUGGCUCUGCUCCAUGCUUUGUUGCAAGAGCCCCACCCUGGGAUCCCCAGGGGUUUCUUCCGUGUGCUUCAUGGACUGGCCUCUCAUGUCAGCUGCCAUCCUCCUUUCCUGCUCACUGGGGACAUUUACCCCACCUAAGAGAAAAAUCUUUAUUGAAAAUUUCAGUAGCUGACAUUUAAAGUGCUUUCAUUUCACAGAUGAGGAAACUGGAACCCAGAGAGAAGAGAGGACUUUCCCAAGGCCACAGGCUAGCACAGGGGCUCUGACUCUUUCGGUGAUUAGACACCUCUCUGAAAAUUGGAUGCAUGAUAAUAUAUGCAGUCACUUGCAUUUAAGUUUUGAGCGUUUGUGGCCCCUCUAAACUCAAACAUGGGGGUCUGUGGCCCUUGGCUCCGGCAGCCUGCCGUGAGCAGAUGAACCGGAACCAGAAUCCAACUUUUAGCCUCUCAGCCUAAUUUUCUCUCCUCCCCACCACCCAGCCUCCUGUUUUUGUGAGAGCAGGUCUGGCCUACUUUGGAGCCCUUGGCCUGUAUUUUGCUUCAGGCAGCUUUGAGCCUUGUUAAACACUCUGGGAUUGAGACUUUCAGUCCUCCAGCCUGGUCUCUCCCGCUCGCGGGGGUGCUGUAUGUGGAGGGGGCUUUAUGGAGCAAACACUGGACGUGGAGCCUGGAGAUGCAGGUCUGAGCCCCGCUCUGUCCUUGACUGGUGGGCUGAGGGCAAGUCUGACCUGCGCUCCAGGCACCAACACCAGCCUGAGGGUGGCCAUAGCAAGAGCCCCUCCUCCUGGGUAUUUCCGUGGCUCUGCUUUCCUGCAGGGGCCUCACCCUGGGAUUCCCAGAGGUCCCUUCCAUGAGCUUCAGGGACUGACCCUCCAGGCCCCUCGUAUCAGCUCCUGUCCUCCUCCCCUGCUCCUGCUCACCAGGGUGAUGGGUCCCUUUGCUGCCAAUGUCCAGAGCGGCAGCGUUGCCAGCCACGCCCGUUGAAAGUGACAUUGGCUGCAAAUCCCUGCAUCCGUGUCACGGUCUCCACUGCCCAAGGGUUCAUGGCGCUGCUGUCUGCUCUGACAGCACCUUCUGCAGGAGCUGCCUUCCCCCUGGCUUUUGUUAGAUUUGUCGUCUCCAGGGCCUCUGCUCAGGACCCCGCGUGGGUCCUGGGACUGGGCUGGAGGAUGGUGUGCUCAGAACAGCUGCUGGCCCUGACCCAGGCGAGGGUGGCUCAACUCCUUCCCUUUGCCCUCAGCGUUUCACAGAAACAUUCCCCUGGCAAGUCUCUUCCUCUUGGGUAAACCCAGAGCCUUCACUCUGGCACCCUCAGUGUCCGCCCUCAUCUUUACACGGGAAUCUGCAAACAUCUUCUGUCAAGGGCUGGAUAAUGUAUAUUUUAGGUUUUGUGGGCCACAUACCGUCUUUGUUACUACUGCUGCUGCUGCCUCUCCUUUUGUUGGUAACCCUUUACAAAUGUAAAACUAUCAUUAACUCAAGGGUUGUACAAAAACAGGCCACAGGCCAGAUUUGGCCCACGGGCUGUAGUUUGCCAACUCCUGAUCUAUAAGAUGGGGGGGGGGGUAUCACCAGGUGGGACUGGGGUAAUCAGGGAGGGCCUCCCGAGGAGGAAUCGUAAGCUAGAUGGGGAGUUAGGGAGCAGUUUUUAGGUAGAGGAAACUGGCAGCAAUGGUGAGGGGGCUGGAAGGAACCUCUGCAGAGAAUGGUUAGGAUACCAGUUUGGCUGGAGCAGUGGAAUUACAAAGAAGAAGACUGAAGCACUAUUCUCAUGUCAGUAGGGAGCCAUGGAAGGUUCUUGAGCAUCAUCAACCACAGACUCUUCAGCCCUCCCAGGUUGAGGCAUGUCCACGGCAGCCACGGCCGUCAGGGUUUAGAGGGUGUAUGGUUGGGCAGGGAAGGGGCCCGGGAACUUAAGUAAGCUCUUUUCAUGGUGUCGGGGCCCAGUGAGGGUAGGAGCCCCUGUUCACACCUUGGAGGCAGAGGGGCUGUCCUCAGGGCCACUGGGGGCCAGGCAUGACUGUCUCUCUCCAUUCUCCCCAUCUC